GGCUUGCUGGGCGAAGUACCCAUAGUCAGCGGCAUCCGCACACGCCAAGACGAUCGCGUAGCCUAUGGAUCCCAACAGACCUGGAUCUUCCAGGGAACCAUCAGAGACAACAUCUUAUUUGGCGAACCUUACGAUGUGAAUAAGUAUCAGGCUGUUGUAUAUGCGUGUGCUUUGAGUACGGACUUUGCCAAUCAGGUGAAGGGCGAUCUCACGCGUGUACAAGCGUCGUCGCUGAGUGGCAUAGGUGAAUAA